GCGAUAGCAGCGCCACGCUUGCUUAGCUAGAUAGUGACAAUAAUAUUUUUUGUAUAGACAAUAGGAAAAAUCAUAAGAAUUUAAACUGAUUGAAUUUAAAUUACUUAACCAGUCUAUUCAGGAAAUUAAAUUAAACCAUUGCACAUUUUUGUAUAAUCUAUAUUCUACACUUGUUGCUUGUUGUCAAUAUCUGUAGCAAGUACCCCAUCCCCCGUUUGUAAAUUCAAUCAAUACUUUCCCACUUUCCUCCAGGCUUCGAAGGGCGGGUUGGAUUCUUCCUGUUAUCUCCGGAGUAUUUAAUUUUCUCUUGUAAUUGAUUUGAGUUGCUGCCAAAAUGUGUAGUAAACUUGCAACAAUUACCGAGCUCUUCAUAAAAACCGUCGUCAAUUCGAAGCGCUUCGAUCGAAACCUUCGUAAUAUCAAGUUGGUGUCAUGUAACGAUGGAGUGGUGGUAUCUGAGCUUGUGGUGGCUGCUGAACACCUGAACGAGAGUGGAACCCUGCAUGGAGGGUUCAUCGCUCAUAUGGUUGAUACACUGUCAACCUUUGCCCUGCUGGCCAGCGAUCAAGCGAUUGGGCGUGGCCUCUCUGUCGAUCUCAGUGUUAGCUACAUGUCUACGGUUUCGGAAGGCAACAAGUUGGAGAUAGAGUCCGUCGCCAAGAAGGUGGGGAACAAGGUGGCUUUCCUCGAGGUGCAGAUCCGCAACAAGGAUAACGACGAGCUAAUCGCUACAGGAAUCACCUGGCCUGAUGACCGUCCCGAGACACCCGUGGAGGCUGAUGGUGUCCGAGAGCGCGUGAAAUACACCAGCGCAAUGGCGGGGUCUGGCGCGAUUACCCACCGCGUGGCACAUGCCACUCGCCGCUUGGACAAAGCUACUGCUAAGAUGCGUGCUGAGUUCGGAGAUCUGUCAGAUAGCGAGUAAUCCGACGGAUAAACGCUCGUAGUACAUAUAGUUGAUCGUUGAUUUCAUUAGAUUGAAAUUAACAUCGUACGCAACGUUAAUGUUGAUUUCUCUUUCUCG